AUGUUCUUAAUUUGCUUUUCCCUUGUGAGUCCUGCAUCAUUUGAAAAUGUCCAUGCAACGUGGUAUCCUGAGGUGCGGCACCACUGUUCCAACAUUUCCAUCAUCCUAGUGGGAGCUAAACUUGAUCUUAGGGAUGAUAAAGACAGGAUCGAGAAACUGAAGGAGAAGAAGCUGACUUCCAUCACCUAUCCGCAGGGUCUAGCCCUGGCUAAGGAGACUGGUGCUGUAAAAUACCUGGAGUGCUCGGCGCUCACACAGCAAGGCCUCAAGACAGUGUUUGACACAGCAAUCCGAGCAGUCCUCUGCCCACCUCCAAUGAAGAAGAGGAAGAGGAAAUGCCUGCUUCUGUAAAUGUCUGAGCCCCUUGCUCUUGGCCCUGUCCCUUGGAACCUUUGUACGCUUUGCUCAAAAAAUGGUGGAGCCUUCUCACUCAUUGCCAACUUUUUGUUACAGAUUAAUUUUUCCAUAAAACCAUUUUGAACCAAUAAGUAAUUUUAAGAUUUUGUUUGU